GGAAGCACACUUCCAUGAUGUUUAUCACAUCUACUGCUCGUAUUGCCUGUCCAGCAGUAGCUCGCUUCACAUGGUCACCGUCGUGUCGAUACGGGAUAAGGACGUUCUUUAAAACUACAACUUUUGGCGCAUCAACAAACAUGGCAAACUGCGUUCGUGAAAUCGAAGGUGACCUCUUCAGUGCUCCGAAGGAUCACUCGUUGGCACACUGCGUCGCGGCAGAUCUAAAGAUGGGAGCCGGCAUUGCCGUCAAAUUUAAGCAGCUCUACGGAAAAGUCAACGAACUGCAAGCACAACAUGUUGGAGUCGGUGGUGUUGCGGUACUGGAGGAUGGCCAGCGGUACGUGUACUAUCUGAUCACGAAAAAAACUUACAAUUUGAAGCCGACCUACGACGAUCUGACAAAGUCCCUGCAGGCGAUGAAGGACCACAUGGCCGCGAACGGUGUCGGUAAGCUAGCUAUGCCUCGCAUCGGAUGCGGUAUCGACGGUCUUGAGUGGACGAAAGUUAAAGCCAUCCUGGAAAACGUUUUUGGAGGAAGCGGAUCUUAUGAAAUCGUCGUGUAUAAUUUUGUUCCAAAGUAAGCCUUUUUCUAUAAGCGACAAAUUACUACCGGAUGUUCCUUAUGUCUUAGAAUUACAAUCAAUAAAUCAUAAUGUGCGAGGGA